AUAUUUUCAACUUUCAUUUAUUUUUAUUUUUUUUUGGGGGGGGGAACUGUCAGGACUCAGGACAGGAAGUAGGAUGAUAAGGGAGGGAGGUGGAGGUGGUUGUCUGGGACUCCCAGGGAUGUUCCGAGUGUUCUUGUUGGGGACUUGUGCUCUUACGGUCCUGAGCUCUGCAGGCUUGGUGUUCCUUCUGGUGCAACACAUGCACCUGUCAGCCCACCUGGCCCGGUUGGAUCUACAACUCCAGGUGCUCUCAGAGACCUCUGGCGCCGUGCUGCAUCAUUCUGCAGCAGUAUCCCUCCGGGCCAGCAGGGACCCUGGAGAGGAGACUGAUAGGUUGCAGGUGCUCUCCGAGGAAUCUGGGUUGCAGACAUCACCCCACAGGACCAGCAGGGAAGACCCAGGCGGAGAGGAGGCAGAAAGGGUGCUGCGGCAUGGUCGACCCCGCAGUAAGAGGAGCCAGGCUGGGAAACGCCAGACUAAGCGACAGCAGAAACGUGACGACAGGGACAUGAUGAUGGUGAUGACAUACUCUAUGGUCCCGAUCAAAGUCCUGUUGGAACUAUGUAACAGCACAGAAGACAUGUGUUUAACAGGCUUACCAGGACCUCCAGGUAAAACAAUCAACAACACUUUGCAUCAAUCAAAGCAUGACAAAAGGGGGAAAGGGGGAAAGCUCGGGGAUUUGAUCCAGUAA